UUGGUCAACACAAACUCUCCUUGAAACCAACACAUGUACUCCAAGAAAAGCCUAUGGACAAAACCUUCAAAUAUAACUCAAGGCAACCAUUAGUCCAUAGAGAUUGUCAUCAAUUACCAAAACCAAACAUGGGGGCACAACAUGUUCUUUCAGUGAUCUUGAAGCAAAUUUGACAAUGUAUUACGAGUUUUGAUGGAUUUAAGUACAUGGUUGUGAUUUUGAGGAGAUGGUCAAAAAUGUUCGGUGGAUUAUGAGAUUUUAGGUCUAGUGCAUGAGAAUGGCGAUUAUUUUCGUGGAUAAACAUAUUUUCAAUUAAUUCUAGAACACUUGGGAUUUAGUUAAGAGAUAGUCAAAGAUAUUUGGUGGAUUAGAGUUUUUGUUGGAUUUAGUUUGGUGAUUGUGAUCUUUAGGAGAUAGUUAAAGAUGUUCGAUGGGUUAUGAGAUUAUAAGUCUAGUAUGAGCAUGGCUAUAUUAUAUUGGUUGAUAAACAUAUCUUUUGUUAUUCUUGGAACAAUUUGGAUUUAGUUAGGUGAUUGUCAUCUUUAAGCAAAUUUGACGAUGGAUUAUGAGUUUUUGGUGGAUCUACUUAUGUGAUUGUGAUCCUGAUGAGAUAGUCAAAGAUGUUAGGUGGAUUAUGAGAUUUUAGGUCUAGUAUGAGCGUGACUACUAUUAUAUUGGUGGAUAAACAUAUUUUUAAUUAAUCUUGAAAUAAUUUGGAUUUAGUUAUGUGAUUUUGAUCUUGAAGCAAAUUUGGCGAUAGAUUAUGAGUUUUUGAAGGAUUUAAUUAGGUGAUUGUGAUCUUGAGGAGAUAGUAAAAAAUGUUCGGUGGAUUAUGGGAUUUGAUUAUUCUGUUGGAGGAUAAAUAAUUUUUGAGAGUUGAUUUAAUUAAUCCUGAAACAAUUUGGAUUUAGUUAGGUGAUUGUGAUCUCGAACCCAAUUUCAUGGUGGAUUAUGAGAUUUUAGAUUUAAUAUGUGAGAAUGGCGAUUAUUAUAUUGGUGGAUAAAGAUAUCUCCAGUUAAUCUUGGAACGCUUUGAUUUAGUUAGGUCAUUGUGAUCUUUAAGCAAAUUUGUUAGUGAAUUAUGAUAUUUUAGGUGGAUUUAGUUACGUGAUUGUGAUCUUGGGGAGAUAGUCAAAGAUGGUCGGUGGAUUAUGACAUUUUAGGUGUAGUAUGAGCAUGACUACUAUUAUAUUGGUGGAUAAACAUAUAUUCAAAUAAUUUGGAUCAUUUUGGAUUUAGUUAGGUGAUUGAUCUUGAAGCAAAUUUGAUGAUGGAUUAUAAGUUUUUGGUGGAUUUAGUUAGGUGAUUGUGGUCUUGAGGAGUUGUCUAAAAUAUUCGAUGGACUAUGAGAUUGUAGGUCUAGUACGUGAGCAUUGUGAUUAUUAUAUUGAUGGAUAAAUAGAUCUUAAAUUAAUCUCGGAACACUUUGGAUUUAGUUAGGUGAUUGUGUUCGGUGGAUUAUGAGAUUUUAGGUCUAGUAGUUGAGCAUGGUGAUCACUAUAUUGGUGGAUAGACAGAUCUUCAAUUAAUUUGGAACACAUUGAUUUUAGGUACGUGAUUGUAUCUUGAAGCAGAUUUAUCGGUGAAUGAGAUUUUAGGUGGAUUUAGUUAGGUGAUUGUGAUCAUGAGAAGACAGUCAAAGAUGUUCGGUAGAUUAUGAGAUUUUAAGCCUAUUAGGUGAGCAUGGUGAAUAUUAUAUUACCGAAUAAACAAAUCGUCAAGCAAUUUUGCAACAAUUUAUAUUCAGUUAGGUGCUUGUGAUUUUGAGCAAAAAUGCACGGUGAAUUACAAAAUUUUAGGUUGAUUUAGGUAGGUGAUUAUAAUCUUGAGAAGAUGUUAGGUGGAUUAUGAGUUUUUAGGGCUAAUAGGUGAGCAUGAUGAUUAUUAUAUUAUUAGAUAAACAAAUAUUUAGUUAAUCUUGGAACAAUUUAGAUUUUGUUAGGUGAUUGUGAUCUUCAACUAAAUUUCAUGGUGGAUUAUAAGAUUCUAGGUGGAUUUAGUUAGGUGAUUGUGCUAUUGAGCAGACCAAAGAUGUUUGGUGUAUUAUGUGAUUUUAGGUUAGUAUGGGCACGCCUACUUUUAUAUUGGUAGAUUAACAUAUCUUCAAUAAAUCUUGGAAGAAUUAAUUUACUUAUGUGAUUGUGAUCUUGAAGAAAAUUUGACGAUGAAUUACGAGUUUUUGGUGGAUUUAGUUUGUAGAUUGUGAUCUUGAGGAGAUAGUUAAAGAUCUUCGGUGGAUUAUGAGAUUUUAAGUCUAGUAUGAGCAUGGCUACUAUUAUAUUGGUGGAUAAACAUAUUUUUAGUUAAUCUUGAAAUAAUUUGGAUUUAGUUAGGUGAUUUUGAUCUUGAAGCAAAUUUUAUGAUGGAUUAUGAGUUUUUCAUUGAUUUAAUUAGUUGAUUGUGAUGUUGAGGAGAUAGUAAAAAAUGUUUGGUGGAUUAUGAGAUUUGAUUAUUUAUUGGUGGAUAAACAAAUUUUUAAUUAAUUUUUGAGGAAUUUGGAUUUAGUUAGGUGAUUAUGAUAUUGGACUCAAUUUCAUGAUGGAUUAUGGGAUUUUAGCUGGAUUUAGUUAGGUAAUUGUGGUCUUGAGGAGAUAGUCAAAGAUGUUUGGUGGAUUAUGAGAUUUUAGGUCUACACCUAGUUUCAAAGGAUAUGCUGGUGACCUUCGACAUCGACCUCGCCUCCGGCUUAUGCUGACGUCCCAGUUGUGAGAUUCUGAGCACUUCAAAGCCCUCAGCGCCAUCGUUGCGGAAGGGCAUACUUCGGAACCAAUGAAUCUCACUGCCAAGGUGAAUUCCGAAAAUCCGUAGUGAUCAUAUAGAGUGAAGAGCCUACUUUCAAGUUCUGCACGACUGGUUUCGAAGGCGCUGAGGGCUUGGAGUAUCACAACACAUUCUUGUACAUUCUUACUAUAGAUACGAUUAACAUGAGAGAUAAAACAAUUCUGAAUCUGAAGAGCAAUGGAAGUCAAAUCACCAACUAGCUGCAGCCUGUAGCUUGCUCAGCACCAUCAGACAAUCUGAAGCGAGAACCAUCAAUCGCCAGUAGCCUUCUGGUAGAGCAAAAUGCAGAGUCAGAGGGCAUCAAGCAAAACAAGGCCCGGAGUAUAUACUGCAGCAUCCUAGUGAAGCAUGACGCUGCUGGAAGGUCCCGUUAUGUGAAGUCCAAGGCUGAUUGGUGGACAAAUGCCGUGAGCAUGUCCGGCGUGGUGCUACAGUUGGCAAGACUGUCUGCCGCCAAAAUCUUGGAAGGUUAACUCAUUUGUGGCUGAAAGCAGAACAAGAGAGGCAACACAACUACUUAAAAGAUGGGCCAUAUGUGACACCUGAAGAAACAGUUGCUAUUUAUCCAACUAUUUCCCGUGCACAUCUUUGGCACAAGGUCCAUGAAAGUGUUGCUAUGGAUCUUUGCCAACUUCUGGGUCAGGAGUUGGAUGCGCUGGAGAUUGAGACAGUACAGAAGGAGACAAUACAUCCAAGGAAGAGUUGCAAGAUGAACAGUUCAUGUGCAGAUGUCCUUUUUGCUGCACAUAGGUGGCAGAUGUCCAAACCAAGCUUAGUUUCUAAGUCAAAGGAUGUCUUCAAUCAGAAAGCCAGUAACAAGCACUGGAUUGAUGUGCAACCAAGAUGGGGAGACUAUGAUUCACGCGACAUAGAACGUUACGCAAGAGCAAAAUUUAUGGACUACACGACAGAUAAUUUGUCCAUCUACCGUUCUUCGACUGGGGUGAUGAUUGGACUUGAUCUAGCUUAUAAUUUGCACUCUGCUUUUGGUAAUUGGUUCCCUGGGUCAAAGCCCCUCCUUCAGCAAGCAAUGAACAAGAUCAUGAAGUCAAAUCCUGCUCUGUAUGUGCCGAGGGAGAGAAUAGGAAAGGGUCUUCAGUUGUAUUCAUCUGAACCCACCGCCCACCGAACCAUAUCUGUCUUCACAAAACCACGGUACGGAGAGAUAUUCAGCAAUCAAAUCAUAUGGUUUGUGGAUGACACAAAUGUCUAUCGAGUUACCAUUCACAAAACCGAGGGUAACCUGACGGCCAAACCAAUCAAUGGUGUUAUCUUUAUUUUCAAUCCAAGAACUGGUCAACCAACUAUGUCUGAAGGUCAUCCACACAAGUGUAUGGGCAGGACAAAGCAAAUUAUUGUGACAAAGGGAUUUGGCAUGACAUGCUAAAAUUUUGGAGAAGAACAAGGCGUGGCAUGGUGAAAAGUCCAUCAUUUUGACCUGCCGGUGAACAUCAUGGGUCAGUGGUUAUGUUUGCGAGAAGAAAAAACCCUAUCGUGGUCAGUGGUUAUUUCUUGUCAAACUGAAUCGUUAUUGUCAAGUGGAUGUUUUGCUUGGUGUUAUCAUCCUUGUCUGGUUGAUUCUUUAUGAUUUGUGCUGCUUUGUUGAAGCUUGAUGUGUUAUGUUCAUCUGGUUUCUCUUCUUCUUAAGAUUGGAGCACUUGCAGAUUUCUGUUGCUAGAUUAAGUUUACUAUGUCGGUCAGUGUUUGGUUAUAUAUGUUUUUGUCAGUCAGUUUUGUGCCUGAGAGCAAAUCAGUUGUUCUGGACCUGGUCAAACCUCAGCUAUUGCUUGAGACAGUUCUGGGAUGGUGACCCCUUGAAGAGUCUGGUCAAAGCAAGCCAGUACUGCAGCAUAAACAUUACUACUGUAACCAUCUUGGCACUGACGAUGAUGACUCACACCUGUUGGAUCAUAUCAAUAUGAGCCUCCUGAUCUUAUGCACAACCCUUCACGACACAGGACUGGCUUUGCUGUUCCGAGUCUCGUUGCGUGCGUCCGUCCCAUGGAAACCAACACCUGACAGCAACAGCAGUGGAUGUUUCUUCAUCUUUGUGACUAGAGUUGUUUUGACAGUAAUUCCGAUUAUGAGGCGCAGGCAUCAUUGGGCCAGCAGUCUGGAGAUAGAGGAAGGUGCAUAGCAGCAUAUGAUCCAUCCUGUACCAGCAAUGGAGAGGAAAAUCUAUAGCAAUGGAAGGUAUCCCACAAAACCCACAUAUCCCACUUAAUAAUAUGUUGGUUUUGACAGGCAUCCCACGCCAGAGACCUGACGUCGCCGGCACAUCACCUUUACCUCGUGAUCGAAUAUUCUCAUGGCCGUGGAGGAGAGGCGGCGAGCGGAGAAGGCCGAGGAGGGGCUGAGGACGGUCAUGUCGCUUAGCUGCUGGGGCCCACAUUAGGAGUACUAGUAGCUAGGGGUGUUGAGUUCGUUGCAGCUUGUGCUUAUGUUAUGUGACAAUCCCCACAUGAUCGGUUGUAAAGAUUGAUGAUGACGAUGAUGAAAAUUUCGGCUACGAGUUUACAUCA